AUGGGAAUGAGCAUGGACAAGGACGCGAACGCAACCAUGAGAAUCAGCAUGGGCAAGCACGCGGACAGGACGACGGGAGAGAUCAACGACAACCUGACCGAGCUCGCGGUCCUCGCACUCCAAAGCCUCAAUGACGCUUCGAGCUCGAACACUGAUGCAGUUGGGACGGGGAGUGCGGAAACUACCACUGGUGAAAACAUUCCCCGGCCGAUCCUUGUGCCAAGUGACAGCGAAGAGAAUCACGGUGCGAACCGCCGUGACAAUCACAACGAGAAUAACGACCCCAAAUCCCACCACGAGCCCACCGGAGAAACCACAGGAGAAACCGCAAACAAGAGCAAUGGGCAAUGUUACACCAUCACUACGGAGGGGGGACAAGAACGGUUGAUCAUUGUGCUGAGUGAUAGCGAGGAAGGUGAUGGUGAGAACCGCAAUGACAAUGACAACGAGAAUGACAACCCUGACAAUGGUGACGAGGCUGCCAGAGACACGCCUCGCGAACCUGCCGAUACGAGCGAUGGGCGGCAAAGCGACGCCGUUAUCGGCGGCUGCGGGAGAGUUGGGGGGGCCAUGAGGGAGCAGGCCACGAUGACGGCAUGCCAGCUGACCCUGGAGUUCAAGGCGCUGGAGGACGAAGUUGGAAUAGACAUCAUAACACGCCGGAGGGAGAGGGAAAGACAGGAGGACGCAGCAGAGGACGAGCAGGAACGGAGGAGGUCGUCGGAAGAACAGACCAGACUAUCCCGAUACUUCCAGCGGAAUCGGCGGCCGCUGGAGCAGCGAUGCCCUGCGCCUGACUAUAGAUAUGGGAUAGGAGGGGAGUUGGCAGGAGGUGGCCAUGGUUUGCAAACAUAA